AUGUCCUCCCUCCUUACCUACUACCCCGGAGCCUGCACAACCAAAUUCACCCACUCACUCGACCCCCUAGUCCUCACAACCAAGUCCGGCCCAGCGCGAGCAUUUCCCGAACUCUGCAAGGACAUAACACCGCCAUGUAACUUAAACCCCUUCCUCUUCAACGGCCACCUCCAAACAGCCUGGACAGCGGUAAAAUUCGACGGUCCACCCGUGCACUACAAACGCCGUACGUUCUCCGCCGAAGACCCAAACUUCAAGGGCCACUUCACCGUAGAUCUCGUCGUCGCGCCACCCGCGAGUCUUCAAGCCAGAAAGCAAGCCGAAGACGGAGGCCCAGAGGCCUCGGGGCUCCGCGAAGAUCCCGUGGGCGUGGGGCACACGAAAUUGCCUCCCCGUACGACAUACUUCACCGAUAAUGAAUUCGAAGCCUUACCAUCCGAGGACACAAAGCCCCUGCUCAUCACCCUCCACGGUCUCUCAGGCGGCUCCUACGAAGUCUACCUCCGACACGUCCUAGCACCCCUCAUCUCACAAACACUGCCCGAGGGCUCUAUUCCUGGUCUGAGUGGCGGGGAAUGGGAAUGUCUUGUCGUGAACAGUCGUGGUUGUGCUGGAAGCAAGAUAACGACGUCCGCCCUCUACAAUGCGAGGGCGACAUGGGAUGUUCGACAAGUCGUGAAAUGGUGUCGAAAGACGUGGCCGAAAAGAGCAUUAUUCGGUGUAGGCUAUUCGCUCGGAGCGAACAUUUUGACGAAUUACAUUGCAGAAGAAGGCUCCUCCUGUCUCCUCUCCGCCGCCUUGAUCGUAUCCAACCCUUGGAAACUCGAAGUCUCCUCCAUCUCCCUGCAACGCACCUGGGUAGGUAGAGAAAUCUACAGCAAAACCAUGGGCCGCAGCAUGCUCGCCCUCUUCUCCACCCACCGCGCCCAGAUCCUGCAGAAUACCUCCAUCUCGGAAUCGCGGAUCCAAAAAGCGAAAUUUCUCCACGAAUUCGACCGCGAGGUCCAAUGUGCGACUUGGGGGUAUCCGACUGAGGGCGCGUAUUACAGGGAUGCGAGUUCUGCUGAUUCGGUGUUGGCGAUUAGAAUCCCGGUUCUGGCUUUGCAUGCGGAGGAUGAUCCUAUUGCUUGUGACGAGGCGGUGCCUUAUGAGGAGAUCCGGCAGAAUCCUUAUACGGUGAUCUGUGCGACUGGUGGGGGCGGGCAUCUGAGUUGGUUUGAGUUUGGGGGUGGGAGGUGGCAUGCUAAGCCUGCUGUGGCUUUCUUGAAUGCGAUGGCGAGGGAGGUGGAUUUCGAGAAGUUAAGGUCCGAAGCUGUGGCGCCAGAGGCCAAGGGACCUCGAGGCGGGCAUAAGACGCCUUUUGUGUUUGAGCCGAUGCGCAGGAAAAUGCAUGUUCCGGGUAGUGACCAGUGA